GUGCUGCCCCGGGCCCUAAUAGCCCCGGCCUUCACCCUGCAGCUGCCCUCCCCAGCCUCCCAUUGUGUGGCUCUAUUGUUCCUCCGCCCGCCCCUCGUUGAUUCAUCGGCCACACAGGGGAGUGUGUGUGCCGGUGAACGUUGACUACGCGUGCCUUGGGGAAACUGUGUGUUGCAGGCAUUUGCCCAAAGCCACUCCCCUCUUCCUCCUCUUCCUCCCCCCCCCGCCUCUGCACCUCAUUGUAAGGCCGCUGCGCUCUGAUUGGUGGAAAAUCAGCCACUCUAAAUGAGGGAAUGGCAGACAUUGUUGCUCCAUCUGUUCUGCCACUCAUUGUCCAACUUGCCUGCUUCUGUGAAAGGAAAAAAAACAAGGCAGCGCUGGAAGGCUCAGACAGGAGGACAGAGGUGCUCUGGAUGUGGCUGCUGCAGGAACUUUAGGACUUUCACCUGCAGUGUUUACCAAAAUCUGGUUCUCCAAGGACUUCGAUGUGUGGAAAUGAGCUGAAAAACGUCCCUUUCUUCUGUGUUUGGUAAUCUUUUAAGCUCUGGCACCAAUGACUCGAUCUUUGUGAGAGGGCAGCAGUGGGCCCGCGGUGCUGGAUGUCUGUGACGGUUCCAUGGGCCAGAAGGACCAUGAGGAGGCAGGAGUGGGACUCAUCCUGGACCUGGGGCUGGAUCUGGAGUACCUACACGUAGCAGGGGCCGAGCGGCAGGCUGGCUGCUCUGACGGGCCCCCUGCCAUGGAGGAGCAGGGGGAGAGCCCCGGCAGCUGUGGCCCCACCAACGACCCUGAGGAAAAUGGAGGGUCGGAUGCAGAGUGCGAGCCGGCGCCUUCUCCCAGCGACCCAGACGGAGGCUUGACUCUCAGUAAGAACACGCACCAGCCGCUCUGUCGGACCCAGUGUGUGGACUUGGGCACCGACGGCCCUCCUGAGCUCCCAUCAGAAGUUGAAGAUGACACCCCAGCCCAGCCUUCACCCAGCUCCCCCUGUACGCUCCCCUCACCUGAGCCUCCGUGCGCCGCCUCCUCAUCAGAGCCGGCCCUCGAGGGCGGAGGAAAGGAGUACCAGGCCAAGCUGGAGUUUGCCCUGAAGCUGGGAUACUCGGAGGAGACGGUGCGCCUGGUGCUGUCCAAGCUUGGCCCCGACACCCUCAUCAACGACAUCCUGGGAGAGCUGGUCAAACUGGGCACCAAGUCAGAGGCAGAGCAGCCGGUCGGAUCGUUAGCCUCUACCUCCUCCUCUUCAUCCUCCUCUUCCUCUUGUGGCUGUUCUGAUCUGCUGGAGAGCCAGAGGUCGGACUCGCCCUGUCCGUCAGAUUCUCUGGGCGACCAGGACAACCUUCGGCCCGUGGUGCUGGACGGCAGUAAUGUAGCCAUGAGCCAUGGCAACAAGGAAGUGUUUUCCUGCCAAGGCAUCCAGCUGGCGGUUGAUUGGUUCCUCGAACGUGGCCAUCAUGACAUCACAGUGUUUGUGCCAGCGUGGAGGAAAGAGCAGUCCCGCCCCGACGCCCCAAUAACAGAUCAGGAGACCCUGCGUCGCCUGGAAAAGGAGAAGAUCCUGGUCUUCACUCCUUCUCGGCGCGUCCAAGGCCGGCGCGUGGUUUGCUAUGACGACCGCUUCAUUGUCAAGCUGGCCUAUGAGUCAGACGGCAUCAUCGUCUCCAAUGACAACUACCGAGACCUGGCUAAUGAGAAGCCGGAGUGGAAGAAGUUCAUCGAUGAGCGGCUGCUCAUGUACUCCUUUGUCAAUGACAAAUUCAUGCCCCCAGAUGACCCUCUUGGUCGUCACGGCCCCAGUUUAGACAACUUCCUGCGGAAAAGACCUGUCAUGCCUGAGCAGAAGAAACAGCCUUGCCCCUACGGAAAGAAGUGCACUUACGGCCACAAAUGUAAGUACUACCACCCAGAGAGAGGUGCUCAGCCUCAGCGUGCCGUAGCUGAUGAGCUGCGUGCCAUUGCCAAAUCUUGUGUCACCACAAAGAACCAGGGGGACACUGGGUUGGUUAAGAGCCACAGUGUGCCAGCUGGCAGCCUUGAUGCUAAAAAAGGUGCCCAGAAAAGGCAGUCAGACCCUAGCAUCCGAGCCCUGUCGUACAGCGACGCGGAGGAGAAGUUGGCCAGAGGGAGGGCGGAAAGCCAGAAGAGCAGUAUGUGUGGCAGUGGGAGUGUAACCAUGUCUACGGCUCCAGGGGGCCCUCCGUCCUGUUUUAGCCUUCCCCAGGAGCAGCAGUCCAGAUCUGUGACUCCUCAUAGUCUCCCAGCCCCGAGCCACGACCUUUACCCUCACUGUGAGUCUCCAGACUUGAGCUACUACUCUGUGACUCGCGCUUACUCCGGCCUGAGCCUCUCCUCCAGACGCAGCCCUGACUGUCGCUUCCCCGCCGACUCAGACCUGCGUCUGGGCUCCAUGGGCUCCGCUGGCUCUGAAUGCGGCAGUGAAAGCAGCGUGAGUUGCGGCAGCAGCUGCGACUCGUACAGCGAGAGGCCGUGUCCUGCCUGCCCCGCAGACACAUUAAUGGAAGACAACGUCCAUUUUGCUAACCCUCACAGCCGAUUGUAUCCCCAUCAUGUCGCGUCAAACCACGAACUGUGCGGCCUUCAUCCUGCAGAUUACGCCAACAUCCAGCACGGCUACCACCUGGCCCGCGGGCAGAGCUGUGCUCACGACCAGCCCCCCCCCGAGGCUCCCCCAAAGCGCCCCCUCUACCCGCUGCCUCCUCACCUCCAGCACCAGCCGCUGACCGCUCGCUCCAGCUGCCCGGGCGACUAUCACUCUCUGCCCCAGUCCAGCCCUCACCCCCCCGGCUCUCCUCUCGGACGCUGCCUGGCUCCGACGCGAGGGGAAAGCGUGUCAGACUCGCAUCUUUACGAACACCACUCUACAUCACACCAUCACCCCCGGACAAAAGCGCUGCCCGGCUGGGACUCUUACUACAGACAGCCUCCAUUGCCGCCGUCCAGGUACGAGCCGUCGGCCUAUCAGAGCCUGCCGGACACCCGCCAAUCAUCCUGGCACGCCCGUCCCUGGGCCCAGGAAGGCUACACCCAGCACCACUCCUCCCACCCAGCGCUCCACCCAUCCUCCACACAUUACUUGAACCACCCCCCGCCUCCAGCCCACUCUCCUCACCCCCCUCAUCCAUCGAGCGCUCCUCUCCCACCGUACCCGCCUCACCUAACAAUGCCCUCCCACGCUACUUCCUCCUACAUGCCGCAGCACCCAGAAUCCCCUGCACACAGCCGCUACGGGGACAUGAGGGAGAAGGUGUACGUCAACCUGUGCAACAUCUUCCCCUCGGAGCUGGUGAGCCGGGUGAUGGCCAGGAGCCCCCACAUCACAGACCCCCAGCAGCUGGCAGCCGCUAUACUUGCAGAGAAAGCCCAAACAGGCUACUGAAAAACAAGGGAAAAUGUGUUUUUUCUUUAAAAUAAAAUAGCAGUUAUGUAGCCACAUGUGGGUGGUUAGCAACCUGUGGUAUUUCUUUGCAACACUUGAAAGCGCGUUGGGUUUGCAUGGUGGAAUUUGAUAUGUUAUUUAAUUGUCUGCAAGUGGAGAUUAAAUCUAUUCAGCUCUGAUCACUUAACUCAACUUUCACAAAUGUGGGGAGAAUUCUAUUAGUGUGUGACGUGGAGAGUUUUUUCAGACCCAGUAAGACAUUUUAUUUAUUUACUAGCUUAUCAUGAGUCUUUCACAUGCACAACUUAUUAUGCAUUAAAGUCAACAGGCACUCAGUUAGUUGGCAUCCCGUACAUCAAAUCUGAGUAAUAUGAAGGAUUAUUUAAACAUUUCCACCACCUUUACGACCAGGUUUUCUUUGAGAUGGACUACACAUUUUCAUAAUGUGCAUUGUAGGCCCUCGAGAGUUAAGUCACAAAUAACUAUUUUAAUGUGAUUUGUUAUGUGGCAAAUCCACAUCUAGUACGCCAUGGUCACAUGAGUUUCAAACAGCUACCUGACCAAGGCUUGUGUAUAAUAUCAAUAUAUUUGUGUGUGUGUGUGUGUUGUGCGGCCACUUGAGGGGCUUUUUUCAUGUUGGUAAAAAUGGGUGAAUGCUGGUUGUCUUAUUUGAGAUAACGUCAGUAUUUGGUCAGAGUUGUAGCUGUAGAGAUGGGUGACCCUGUCGUGUGUACCUUAGUUUUAGUAAGGGACAUCUCUCUUUCUCUCUAUCUAUCUCUCUAGCCCUGUAAUUUGGGUCAACUCUGGUAUCUGCUACAGACCGAAAACAUCCGGACCUCAGUAAAUCCAACAUGUAAAUAUAUUUAAGACUACCCUUGCUGUGUUUUUGGCUAAGAGCGUCUACUGUUGUCUGUAGCAGAUCCCAGCUGAAUCCAUGCUAGACGGAGAAAACCUUGUUUGAUACAAAUUGUAUCAUUACCUAAGUCGCUGGUAUAUACAGUACAUGGAAUUGUUGAUCUGUAUCUAUCAAACACUCUUGAUGUAUUGCUAUAUUAUAAAAUGCAUUGACAACAGUUCCAAUCGAGAUCCAAUUUAUAAUCUUGUGGAAAUUGCCUUGAGACAAUUAUUUUAUGUUUUGAAACAAAAGGGGUUGUCUGCCUACUAUGUUUAGGUUUCACAACGUCUUUAUCCGAGUUUUUGGGUUUGAAGCUGGCUUAUUUUCAACAGGAGCUCCAAUUAAAUCACAUGUGAGAAUUAUGCUUUGGUUAACUGGCCCAAUAAAAAAAACAGAAGUCAACUAGUCUGUUAUUUCACUGUGAGGUUGGGGUCAGUUCAUUUUAAGCUCUUUUUUUUUGCCUGUAAAACUGGUAUCCUUGAAAUAAUGGAGAACAUUGAUGUUUUAUCAGUAACUUAUCUAUUAAAUUAAACAUUAAGUGGACAGACCCCAACCGUGUUUAAUUAGUAACGUUUGUUUAUAUUGUAGUCAGUCCCAGAUCCCAUGGCGGCCAUUCUGAAAGUCUGUAACACUCUCCUUCUACUUUGAGUAUUUGCACAUUUAUAAAGCCACUUUUACUUUGACAAAAAGGACGAGGUCUUCAUUCAAAAACACAAGUCAGUAAAGAAAUAUUGAGAAGAACAACCAAUAAUAAAGCUAGCUUAUAAGACAAAAUGCAAAACGUUUUGUUUUUUUAGGUGCAUCACAGUAUGGCAGUAUAAACAAAGAACAUGCUAAAACUUCUCCACACACAGGAGGUUACCUGAGCACUAACUAAACUGAUGCUAACAUGUACUUAAUACACACCUGACAUGCUUGAAAGGUCCUAAAAGGCACAUUUGGAUGUACGUUGCACUGCUGCUAGUUGGCCAUUAUAUUCUGAAUGAAGCAUAACCCUAUCAAGUUUAGUUGCACUUGACGCAAGUUCAUAAUGGCCGCCAAGGAAUUGAAGUCUACCGAGUGAGCUCCUCAGACAGUUCACCAAAAGCCAGCUACAUGAAGCCCACUGGUUUCUUUCCUGUCUUACGUGUCAGAUUGUGCAAAUGAUGAAUAAUUGUACAACGACAUGUGCUGUUGAUGAGAGAGAACUUUUGUGUGUAUUGAAGAAGCGCCUUCUCUCUGGCCUCCUGGCACUGUGUGUCAGUGUGGCCCCUGAGAGUGGGCCCAAAGUAAUGCCUCUUCGUGGCAUUGUGCUAAUGACACAUCCAAUUCUCUGAACUAUGUUCAGCUAACUGUUAUGCAUGUUUUCUUUUUCUUUUUUGUUUCUGCAUGUUUUCUUGUGUUUUUAAUUUGUGUAUAUACAUAGUCGUGUUUCUGUCCCGGAAGCUUUGUCUUAUUGUGACAUGAUUGUAGCUGUUGAGAUGAACUUAUACUCAAAAUCUGGCUUGUUUUUUCUGCUUUUAAAUGUUUUAUCUCAUAUAUUAGUUAGUAUUCAGAACAACAACCCCUUUGACAUAUAGUAUAAAGUAAAACAUUAAUAUUAUUGGUCCAUUACUGCUUCCAUAAGGCUUGACAUUACUCCAAAGAAUUAGGAAGCAUGUUUUAAAUACAUCUGACUUUUCCCCACCAUAAUGUUCUUUGGAGGUGCACACUGUAAUAGAUGGUGAUCAUUGAAAACAUUGUGAUGAAUUUUCUGUGUUGCAAAUAUUACAAUACAGGCCACAAUAAUAUAACACAACAAUACAAAUAAAAUGUCUCUUUUCUAAUUUAUAUUUGCAUGUUGCUAGUAGUACGUGUAACUGAUUGAUUAUUGUAACAUUCUCAACUGUAACUGUGAUUGUAUAAUAAACAAUACUGCUAUAAAACAUUAGGACAGUAGGACAUACUCUGA